AAGGUGAAGCAUUCGCACGAGCGAAGACCUGUUCGAACAAAAACAUUCAUUUUACUCAUAGGUUUUUGCCCAGUUGUUUCGGAGUGAACCUACCUGUUGUUUUUGGACAUCUGCACAGGUUACCAGAAACGAUCCAAGAUGGAUGAGGCAGAGAAGUACCAGCAGCGGCUGCAAGCCAUCGCGGAGAAGCGCCGGCUGCAGGAGGAGCAGGAGCGAGUCAAGAGAGAAAUGGAGGAGGAGAGAGUCCGACUGCAGCAGCAAAAGAGGAAGUCUCUGAGAGACCAGUGGUUGAUGGAGGGUCCCCCCUUGUCUCCUGACAGCUCAGGUCCUCGCUCCCCUCUGUGGGGACCCCAAGCUCAGGAGAUGGAGCAGAACCUCGACAGUUUGCAGGCCAAGGCCGAGCGGUUGACGGAAGAGGUGGGGAAGCUAGCAGAGGACGGCGUGUCUGUGGUGUCGGUGAAUGACGGACUGACACAGGGCAAUAGUGAGGGCGUCCACAUCCUGGAGGACGCUGGGACAGACUCGACCCUUAAGGAAACCGUUUUGCAGAAUGGACAAGGAAAUGGAACAAUGGAGGUGGGAGCUGAGGACGACGUGAAGGCUACCUCGGUUUCCCCGGUGAUGGCUGAAGACAAGGGUCCUAAUGGCGAGGUGGCCACAGACGUGCCUGCUCUUGAGGCAGACGCCGCGCAGCCGUCUACCGAGGAACAGGGGCAGAUCCAGAGCACUCCAGAAGAAACUGUCACUAUGGCAACGUCAGCGUCGCUCUCUGAGUCAGCAGCGAAAGGGGUGGUAGGGGAGGCAGUGCCUACUUCUAAUGGACCAGCUACCAAAGCAGGUGACGGGCCUGGUGGUGGCGAUGGUGCCGUCACCAUGACGUUCCUGGGCUUCAGUGAUGCGGGGAAGAGUGAGGGUGAGGGAUUGGACGAUGACGAUGACGGGGGGGCCAUCAUGAGAGCAGAGAGAGUGAUCAUCACGGACGAGGGAGAGGAGGUGGAGGAAGAUCCCGAGGGCCAGACAGAAGCUUCUGGAGCCCCCGUGGCUGAGGCCCCCACUGACCCAGAGAACCAGGAGGCAGGGGCCACAGAGGCUGAACCCCAGGCCCCCACUGAGGCAGAGAAAGACACAGAGGCGGAGGUCACGGAGCGGAAGACUGACGCAACAGAGGAAGAGAAGAGCGGGGAGGGUGGAGAGACGCCCAGUGAAGCACAAGCAGCGCCUCAGGCUGCAGAGGCCACAGCUACUGAGGUGCAACCCCAACCUGAGCCCAGAGAGGGCGCUGUUGUGACCUCAGAGGUGCCCGUGUACUCCCCAGCUGCACCGGCCACACCCAACGCCACGGCUGAGGACGAGAGCCAGCAGCCAGAGACCAACGAGCUGAAGGAGGAGGAGGAGGGCCUGGAGGCUCCAGCCACCGCUCCCGCCCCUUCCUCCACCCCUGAGACCGUCCCCAGCUCCCCAAGCCAGUUUCAGGACGUGCCCCUGGACGAAGCGGCGGACUCCCCCGCCAAACCCCCGCGUUCAGAGCCGCAGGCGGAGCAGGAACCCCUGCUGGCCCCCAAAACGGCUCCGCAGACGGACACUUCCGCUCCACGGCGAGGGGGCGAGGGGGGGGACGCCCCCAAACGGAAAACUUGCCAGUGCUGCUCCGUCAUGUGAACCCCAAUCCUCCCAGCGCCGCCCCCUCCCCCCAACAUCCACAUCUCUCUUACUCCUCCAUUCUUUCCUUCCACCAUCCAUGUUAAUCUACUGCCUUCUCUACUGCCUGUCUCUACUGUAUGCUAUGCCUCAAGGGACUAAAGAAACAAUGGCCACCCAUCCCUGCUAUUGCCCCGAGGCCAAUUGCUCAACUCCAUUGUUUUCCCCGCCUGUGAGGCGAGAGAGACCUGUUCUGUCACUGUCAACUGCCACCUGUCCAGAGCACUCCUUGAUCUCUGCUCGUGUCUCUUAUCAGGAGUGCACUCGCUCCGAAGGGCCUCACUGCCAUCGAUCACAGGUGUGUGUAGUGGAAGGCAAUGCGGUUUGAGCCAGACUGACUACAGCCGGGGGAAGAAUUGUUUUCUUCUUUUUUGUUUGUUUUGA